AUGGUAGUUGAAGGCGCGAAAAGGCCUAAUGAGGAUAAUCUAUGUGAAAUCGAAGCGAAGAAGGAGAAAGUCGAGGAAGUUGAACAACCCGUACUACGAGAAGAGCCUAUGAAAGUAGAAAAUUCGGGAGAAGUCGAAAAGGAAGUUGCAGAAAAUGUAGAAGUUGAGAAAAAGCUUCCAUUGCUUGGUCACGGCCAAGAUAAAGGUCUCUUUACUUCGGAAAUAUUCAAAGUCGAGCUUGGUCCGAUUCCGAGAAUGAUCGGUUACGGCGAUUUGAAAAAGUUCAUCUCGAAGAAUAUCACGAUGAAGCCACACAAGAUCAAAUAUGUAAAGCAGCACAGGACGGUCUUUAUCUGCUUUCAAAACAACGAGGAGCGGGAUCUCGCUAGAUCGCAGCUUGAUGGGCUUACUCUCAAGAAGGAAACCUUGGUCGCCAAAAUCGCAGCAGCUGCUCAAGAUAAAAUGACAAGAAAGUCUCGCCAAGAUACGAAAAAUGAGGAACCAAAGAAACCCGAUUUGCGAACGACGAAAGAAAAGCUUCUGGACGUUACUUCACCGUGGAGACAAAUUCCUUACGAGAAACAAGUCACUGAUAAAUAUGACAAAUCAAAGUCCAAUUGUGCGAAAAUUUCAAAUUUACUAAAACAUGCGACGGAAUUCAAGGGCUGUCCAGUUUUGUGGCCAGUGCAGAAUAUGGACCCCGAGACUAAACUUUCUUUUCCGAUGGAAGAGUGUAUCAAAGCCGAUGCCAUAAAUGGAUACAGAAACAAGUGCGAGUUCUCGUAUGGUCUUAAUGAGGAGAAAGAAAAAAUGGUUGGGUUUCGCGUUGGGAGAUAUACAGACCAAAAUCUUACAGUAGAAUGCGCACGAGAUGUUUGCAUCGUCCGGGACUCGAUGAAGGAAGCACUAGAAUUAUGCGAGCAACACAUUAAAAAGUCAAAAUUUAAUCAUUAUUGCCCAGCUACUUAUGAAGGUCAUUGGCAAACAUUAAUGAUGCGAGCUUCCGGAAGCGACCAAGAUCAAAUUGAAGAUGGAAGACUCAAAACAGAUGGAAAAUCUUCUCUUGUUUUGACAUUUACUUUUAUUCGAAAUGAAGUUAGUGAAGAAGAUCUUGAAGUCGCAAGAUCAGAGGUGAAAGAAAUCGGUGAAAAAUGCGAAAAUGUUUCUGGCGUCGUAUUUUAUUGGAAAAAUACGCGAGGAAAGGAAGGCGAACGAACAUUAGUAUAUGGAUCGGAUCUGAUUCUAGCGCAAGUGAUGGGCAAAAAGUUUGAGAAAGCUUUUGUAACCCUUGAAUACGGAAAAGUGCUUUUGGAUAUCUGCUGCGGAACGGGAAGUAUCGGAAUUGCGCUUUCUGAUUAUUUCGACAAAGUCUUCGGCGUGGACAUAGUCGAGGAAGCGAUAAAAGAUGCGGAGAAAAAUGUAAAGCUGUACUCUUUGGAAGACAAGUGUUUCUUUUUCGCUGGAAAUGCCCAGGACAAGGUUGCAGAACUCUGUUCAAUAGCUAAUCAGAAAGAGUUAGAAACAGUAGCUAUCGUGGACCCACCACGAGCAGGACUCCCAAAAAAGGUCAUUUCCGUUUUGCGUGGCAAUUCGUCAAUCAAAUCGCUUAUCUUUGUUUCCUGCGACUCUUCGAACAAAAUGGCUCAGGGAAAUAUUGUCGAUCUUUGCAAACCUCAAUCAAAGAGUUUGCGAGGGGAUCCAUUUAGAGUGGCUCUAGCGAAGCCUGUUGAUUUGUUUCCACAGAUGCCUUGUGAAAAAUGCGAGAAAAAGUGGGGUAAGAUCAUCACUCCAGAAGUAUGGAAGGCAGGCGCGAAAAGCUCCCACGCCACGUCGAAGCUAAAUGAAAAUAAGUACCUGACAAAGGGUACGAACCGAUUUGACCCGAUGAAAAAAGAAAAGAUGAAAAACUGCCGAAUCUGCAAAAAGACUCUUCACCAAAAAGGAGCGCAUUUCUGCUCAACUUGUGCAUUUCAAAAAGGAAUCUGCAUGAUGUGCGGCAAGCGAAUCACCUCCGUAAAAGACUCCAGAAUGUCCCUAGUUUGA